AAUCCUCUAUAUAUCGUCACAAAUACUUAAGUUUCUAGCGUCUAUAAAACUAUAGUACUACUAGGGUUUGGGAGAUGGCUUCCAGAAGCUCUGCCUCACUUGCUCUCUUCUUCUCUCUCAAUCUUCUCUUCUUUGCACUUGUCACUGCAUGUGGCAGUCGCAAAUGCCCAAACCCCAACCCCAACCCCAACCCCAACCCUUCGCGAGGCUCAUGCCCUAGGGAUGCUCUCAAACUAGGCGUAUGUGCUGAUUUGCUCGGCGGUUUGCUCAACGUGACCAUAGGCACCCCUCCGGUGACUCCUUGCUGCAGCCUCAUCCAAGGCCUUGUCGACCUUGAGGCUGCUGUCUGCCUUUGCACUGCCAUCAGAGCUAAUAUUUUGGGCAUCAACCUCAACAUCCCGCUUUCCCUCAGCUUGCUUCUCAAUGUUUGUUCAAGGAACGUUCCAUCUGGGUUCCAGUGUGCGUAGAAGUACUACAACAAAUUUCGUUUAUUUUCCUACAAUAUAUAUAUAUAUAUGGCUUCGCUUGUUUUGCAAUUUUAAUUUUCUAUUGCAAGUGUGUGGUGUAAGUGGGAGUUGCUCAUUUUCAGAUUUGAAGGAUUAUUGCAAAUAAGUUUCCUAAAUAUCAGGUUCGCUUAUGUACUUUUAUUGGAAAUUAAAUGGAAAAUUAUAUUGUUUUC